AUGGACAACAGAAAAAUCAAGAGUAUGCUAUGGUCGCAAACCUUCGAAGCCCACUCCCUUACUCCACUCCCUCGAAUGUCUUUGAUGCUUACGCACGUCGCGUUCGCCGGCCCUCCUAGUGGUGCGAAGACGCGUGUAGACAUACUCUAUGAGGGGGCAAGACAUGAAAUGAUCUGCUGCUCGAUCGGCACAUUGAUUCGUGGAUUUAAGGAGCAACUUUAUAUUCGUCUUCCGUUUAUCUCCGAUAAAGAAUACAUAGUAAACGUUCGAGGAGAAUCGGACAUAUGCCUGGCGGGUUACAAUUUGUUGGAUCAUCAUCGCCCAGCAUCGGACCUCUACGCUGAAACGCAGCUGUUCGGUGAUUCAAGUCCUUCAUCCAAUCAGAUGAAGAAAAGUCCUGUCAAACAUGAGUUGGUUAAAGCAAUGAGAGGCACUUCUCCGGUUGAAGAGGAUGAUAUAACGCCCGAGAUCGUGCUCAGUGGCGACGAUACCAGGGUCGUGCCCUCUGCCCAGUGGACGAAUUUCUUAGGUUGGCAGAAGGAUCACGCUCAGAGGGUGACGUCCGAAUAUGAACAAGACGACGAAACUAGCCCUACAAGAAGCGAGAUCGGACAUCGCCGUACGACUUCACGAGGGCAUUUCGAAACAGAAAAAAACCCUCCAGGGAGCAAAGUCAAAGUCAAGACUGAACAAGUGGAGCCGACGACGAGUUCGCCUGCCAAGACGCUCGCCGUGCCUAUCAAGCUAGAGACCGUUCAACCUUCCCAAACACGAAAGAAGGCUCCAACGAGCAAACCCAAGGUCGACCGUGCAGAGUCGACGAGUUCACCUGUCAAGACGCUUGCGGCGACCGUCAAACUAGAGACCCCUCGAGCGCAAACCAAGGCUCCAACGAGCAACCCUCCAACGACGAUUCCGGAGUCCCCUAAUCCGAAGAAGAGGGCCGUCGCCAACGCAGACCUCCCCGAAUCUCCAAAACGACACAAGAAAGAGCAGGCGAAAGAAGGUCACGCAGACGCACCCACACACAAAGACGAACAAGAAGGUACUGGCCUUGUCAUCCAGCACGGCGAUGAGGUCGACGUUCGAUACGUUCUUUCGGUUCAGAACCAAGACGGGACGUAUACUAUCAGACGCGAGGCCAUAACCCUUACUACGGUGAAGAUCGGUGACGAAGCAGCGCUUUUCGGUGUGUAA